CCGGAGCGCGCUGGGCUCAGGGCGCAGAGAGCGGGAGCGCGGCGGCCGCGGGCUCCGCUGAGGGACGGACGCCGGGACCCCACGCAGGACAGACACAACCGUACGCUGCGCCACCGCCUCCCGAACCCUCUCGUUGGCGCCCACGCCCUCCCCACGCAGCGUCCUUUGCUUGGCACAAACUUUCCUCCCGGGACGGAACACACUGUCUCCGAGACCCCGCGUCCGCACAGUCUCCUUCGCUGGCCCCGAACGCUGCUGAAAUGGGUUGCAGAUUGAACAAGUUAGAGAAACGCGAUGAGAAGCGGCCUGGGAAUAUUUACUCAACUUUGAGGAGGCCUCAGGUGGAAACCAAGAUCGACAUGUCCUAUGAAUACCGCUUCCUGGAGUUCACGACUCUGAGUGCCGCGGAGCUCCCGAGGUCCUCGGCAGUGAGGCUGGCUUCCCUGCGGGACCUGCCCGCCCAGCUCCUGGAGCUCUACCAGCAGGGCUUCUCGCUGGCGGCCCUGCAUCCGUUCGUGCAGCCGACCCACGAGCGGGAGAAGACGCCCCUCGAGCGCAUUUUCAGGGCCAUCCUGGUCAAGAAAACCGAAAGAUCUCAGAAAACCGAUCUUCACAAUGAAGGCUACAUCUUGGAACUAGAUUGCUGUUCCUCCUUAGACCACCUGACAGACCAGAAAAUCAUCCCAGAGUUCAUCAAGAAGAUCCAGGAGGCCGCAAGUCGGGGCCUGAAAUUCGUUGGUGUUAUACCUCAGUACUGUUCCCCUGUGAACUCAGCAGGCAGCAGUCCUCUGGUGCCUGCUGCCAACAGCACCGCGGAUCCGAGAGAUGCGAGAAACGUGCCAGGCCAGUGUGGGGAUCACGCCUCGCUGGAUAAUGAGAACCCCAGGGCUGUAGAUGUGUGCAGCACUCGGGCAGGGACAGACAGAAGCCCAGAGCCUGGCCAAGAUCCAAGAGGGCAGGUGCUCGCCACUGAGCAGGCUGGCUUACACUCAGAGGGAGAUGGUGGCGAAUUUUUAUCACAGCAGAUGAGUAAGACACUGAAUGGACGAGAUGGUGACCCAUCAGAAGGGCAUGAAGAGCCACUCUUGAGAAAAAUGGAGAUCUUCGCCUUGUUCAACAAACCGAAGAGCCAGCACAAGUGUCAGCAAUACUAUCCUGUCACCAUUCCUCUCCGGGUCUCCAAGAAUGGUCAGACGGUGAGCAGUUUGGACGCCAACUGGUUGGAGCACAUGAGUGACCACUUCCGGAAAGGAAACGUGCUGGUGAACGCGGUCUUCUACCUUGGGAUGGUGAAUGAUUCCUUACAUGGCUUGACAGAUGGAGUAUUCAUCUUUGAAGCUGUUUCCACAGAAGAUAGCAAAACCAUACAGGGCUAUGAUGCUAUUGUUGUUGAACAAUGGACGGUCCUGGAAGGUGUCGAGGUGCAGACAGACUACGUGCCCCUGCUGAACUCACUGGCUGCCUAUGGCUGGCAGCUCAGCUGCGUGCUACCGACUCCCGUCAUCAAGACGACCAGGGAGGGGAAUGUAUCCACCAAGCAGAUUGUCUUUCUCCAGAGACCAUGUCUACCUCAGAAAAUCAAGAAGAAGGAAUCAAAGUUUCAGUGGCGUUUCUCCCGAGGAGAAAUGCACAACAGGCAGAUGAGGAAGUCCAAAGGUAAACUCGGUGCCAGAGACAAACAACAGGCAGAAGAGAACGAGAAGAACUUAGAAGACCAGUUUUCUAAAUCUGGAGACCUGGGAAACUGUGUGCUGGGUCGGCAUCAGGAGGACGGGGUCCCAGGGGAAGAGGAGGGUGUGGCUUCUGAGGGGAUGGGCGUCUCUGUCCAGGAAGUCAAGGGAGACAAGCUGUGUCUUGACAGCGGGCUCGGCAGUGGGGGCAUGGAGGGCACCGUACAGAAUGGCCCUGCCGGCGCCAGCAGGGCGCAGGUGGGGGGCUGCGCUGGGCCCUGUGAUCCGGGGGAGCAUGGAAGGGAUGGCAGUCCUGAGGAAGUUGCUGGAGAGCCCGCCGCACCAGAAGACAACUGAGUCUCGAGCAGUUUGCUCUGAAGCCAGAUGAGCUGCCAACCUGUGGGACCUUGCUGGGAGCCGGCUCAGGGGCGGGUUUGCCCUGGCAUUGUGUGUUACCCCUUGGCUUGGCUUGAUCUCUUCUUGUGAGUCUACCUGGCCCUCCAAGGGCUGGGACCUGACAGUGUUGGUUCCUGCACAUCCAUUCGCAGUGUAUCGUGAUGCCCCAGUGUUAGAGCACAGGCCAGGCACUGCUCCUGGACCUCCCAGCCCUGGCUCCACUCCUCCUGCGGGAAGGUCUGAACCAUCCAGUGCCUGUGUCCGCCCUGCAGGGCCUCCAGGGAACAUUCAGGUCAAAUCCUUGGACCUCCCUGGCUACACACCGAGUCUGUUGUCCACUCCCGUUCCCUGGAGAGGCAGUGUCGGGUCCCUGCUGGUUUCGGCAGCUACUUGGUGACUUUUAACACCUGGAGAGCCCUGUCAGCCACCCUUCUCCACCUAAACCCUCAGACCCUGCUGCUUUGGCAAAGAAAAGGACACUGAGAGGGGAGGUGCCCUGCCUCCCAGCUUAAAGUAUUCCCAUAGAUACUGGUAAUCUGGAAGUGAAGAGGUAGUUCUGCUUGCAUACCUGCUCUUGCAGAAUGCCCAAGAAAGUAUUCUGUGUUAGUAUUAAUGCCAAAAAUUUUUAAAGGUUUUGUAUCCAGCACAUCCUAUGAACACGCGUUACUUCCUGUCAUUUCAGGGCAUCCCGAUUGGGUGGUUGCCCUUGUUGUGUGCUAUUUUAAUCAGUGUAUCAUUGGCCAAGUUUAUUAUACCAUGUAUGCUGUGUCUAUCACGUGUUUAUAUUGUCCAGAAAGUAUUUUAAGGCUUUAAGUAGAUGCAACUGGUGAACUUGGAGAGAUACUGCAGAUUGUCUUGACCAAAAACAAUAGCCUGUCUCUUUCUUGUUUAGUUACUUAAAGCAAUAAAUCAUCUAUGAUUAGUGCAUUUUGUGUAUUAUUUAUUGUGUCACACAGAAAAUUCCUGGCCUGAUGUUCAAAGGUUUCGACUCCACAGCCCCCAUUCACUUCUUUAAAAAAAAAUUUAAAUAGACUGUUUUAGCACAGUUUUACAUUCACAGAAAAAUUGAGAAGCCAGCAUUCUCUCACCCUUGCCCCUAUUACUAACAUCUUACAUUAGUGUGGUACAUUUGUUGUAAUUCAUGAACCAAUAUUGAUACAUAAUUAUUAAUUAAAGUCCAUAAUUUAUUCAUAUUUCCUUGGUUUUUACCUAGUGUUCUUUUCUGUUACAGGAUCCCAUCCAGGGAAACACAUUACAUUUAGUUGUUAUAUGAAUUUCUUAUUGCUGCUAUAACAAAUUAUUACAAACUUAGUGGCUUAAAACAACACAAAUUCAUUCCCUUACAGUUCUGGAGAUCAGAAGUCUAAAAUGGAUCCGCAGGCCUGGGUUCCUUCUGGAGGUUCUAGGGGAGGAUCAGUUUCCUCAAGGCUGCCUGCAUUCCUUGACUUGUGGCCACUUCCUCCAUUUUUAAAGUCAGCGGCAUAGCAUCUUCUCUCUUCUCUGACCUCUGCUUCCACUCUCAUAUCUUCUGACUUUGGCCCUCCUGUGUCCUUGUAAGGACCCUCUGAUUACAAUGGACCCACCAGGAUUAUUGCUCCAUCUCAAAAUACUUAAUCACAUCUGCAAAGUCCCUUUUGCCAUGUUGUGGUGGCAAGGGCCAUGAUUCAGCCUACCACAGUUGUCAUGUCUGUUAUUGUUGCUGUUGAGUUGAUUCCAACUUGUGAAGACCCAUAUGUGUGGAGCAGAACCACUCCAUAGGGUUUUCAAGGUUGUGAUCUUUUGGAAGUCAGACCUGUCUUUCAAGGCUUCUCUUAACUGUGAUAGUUUCCUUGUUUUUUGAUGACCUUGAGGUGUACUGUUCAGUAUUUGGUAGAGCAUUCCUCUACUGUAAUUUGCCUGAUAUUUUUCUCAUGAUCAGAGUGGGGAUAUGGGUUCUUGGGAGGAAGACCACAGAGAUAAAGUGCCAUUCUCAUCACAUCGUAUCAAGGGCAUAUACUCUCAAUGUGAUUUAUCACUGUUGAUGUUGACUUUGAUCACCUGGCUAAGAGUGUUUGUCAGGUUUCUCCACUAUAAAGUUACUCUUUCCCCCUCUUUCCAGAGUUUACUCUUGGGAAGGAAGUUGCUGUGCACAGUCCAAACUUAAGGAAUGGAGAGUUAUGCUCUCCCUCCUUGAGUACAGAUUAUCUACAUAAAUUACUUGGAAUUCUUCUGCAUGGGAGAUUUGCCUCCUUUCCCAUUUAUUUAUGCAAUCAUUUUUUACAUCAGUAUGAACUCAUGGGUAUUUAUCUUAUACUUUGGGUUAGAAGCCAAUACUACUUUAUUUUGUUGCUCAAAUUGUCCCACCUUUGGCCAUUGGGAGCUCUUUCAGUUGGCUCCUAUGCCCCUUUGAGAAAUCCCCAUCAGUGUACGGUGUGGUUUUUGUUUUCUUCCUUACUUCCUGACCCUACUAGAUGCUCCAGGCUUAUUUUGUAUAAUUUCUGUGCUAGUCCUAGAAUCAGCCAUUUCUCCAAGGAGCCCUGGCCCCCUUUUAUUGGAGAUUGGUAUUAGAAACCAAGAUCUGGGUGCUAGAUGUGCUCAUUGCUACUGGAGUGUUAUUGCUUGUAGGCUCUUUCAGCUGACAUAGAAGGAAAUCCAUGUGUAUCUACUAACCAUGUACAUACACGUAUCUAUAAAUAUUUCUAGGAGGUCCCUGAGUAGUGCAGAUGGUUAAGCACUAGACUACUAACCAAAAGGUUGGUGGUUCAGUCCCAUCCAGAUGUGCUUCAGAAGUCAGGCCUGGAAAUCUGCUUCUGAAAGGUCACAGCCUUGAAAAACCUAUGGAGCAGUUCUGCUCUGCAAACAUGGGUCCCCAUAAGUCAAAAUCGACUCAACAGCAGCAACAGCAACAUAAAUAUUUCUGCAUGCAUCAGUCUAUAUAUUAAGCUGAACAUGAGUUCAUACAUCUCCAACUCUAAUCCAUUACCACGUGGAUCAUUCUAGUCUCCCCUUGCUUAUUGAUCAGUCAUGUUUUAUAUAAAUUUCCUACUCCUGGCAUUAUGAAGAUUUUUGGAUAAGCAAACGAAGCCCCUCUGGAAAACAAUACUGAGCAUGCUGUGCUUUUGUGUUGUUUGUAGAAAUAAGAUGGAAAGUGGAAUAGAGAUGCCACCAGGUAAGUAAGUGGUACCACUACCUCGCAUCACCUGGAAGGCCAGCCCAGCGAUGGAGAAAAAUACCUUUCUAAGACAAACAAAAACCGCACACCAGUUUCUAAGCAUGUGUCCAAGCUUUUCACGAAAUUAUUUAAUGAGGCAUUUUCACUGUUUACAAUUUUAUUAACUAAAACCCACUUGUAAUAUAUUUGUAGAGAACAAAAUUGAAAACCUUCAUACAACCACAUUGUGCAGUUGCUUCCUCUAGAGCUCCCCUAAAAAUGCUGGAGGCUCUGUUCAAAGGAAACUAUUUUUAAAUGACAUUUCCGACAAUUACGUUGUUGUGUGCCACUGAGUUGAUUUCGAUUCCUGGCGACCCUACAGGACAGAGUAGAACUGCCCCAUAGAGUUUCCAAGGCUGUAAAUCUUUAAGGAAGCAGACUGCCACAUCUUUCUCUCGAGGAGCCGCUGGUCGGUUCGAACCCCCAACCUUAACCACUGCGUCACCUCGGCUCCUUAUUCCCACAAGUAUACUCAGUUACUAGUAUCUAUGCAACAUUUUGUUUUAAUAAAAAUAUCUCUUGAUGCAUGAUUUAGAGGAUCACAGUUUUUUGGGUUUGCUUUUUUUUUAAAUGCCAGUCAGCAUCAGACUGGGACAAAAUAAUGCUCUGCUGUCACGACCUUGAAAAACAGACAAUCUCAGGCUGCAUCCUCCACGUGGAGGACCUUAAAUCACUUAGUUUGGGGUACAUUUCUCAGUAAUGAAAUAACAUUUACAUUGGCUGUGUAUUGCAAAGGGAAAAAAGGCGACUGUAACUAAUUUGAAUUCCUUAGGGAGUUUAGCGCUAGAGUCAGGCUAACAAUUCCUGAAGCUCUUGUUUUUACCCUAUCUUCUCUACACCCCUGCUGAUUCUGGCAAAAUACCAGUCUACAGCAGUGGUUCUCCAAUUGGCUACACCUGGGAAUCUCCUGGGGAGC